GUUUGCCAUCCCUUAGUUCUGUGUGGCUAGACGAACGAGUCAGUCAGAUCCUAAAGUACUGGUCUCCAUUCAGUGUCCAUAUGUUUGUCCUUUCCAUCAUCAAGGACACCAUCCCAAUCCAACCCUCUCACUUCGGCCUUCCACCAGAACAAGCUCUCAUAACUGAACUCAACAAAAAAUACGCCAACAAAGUUCUCCAUGAUGUUGGUCUGUGUAUAUGUGUCUUUGACAUAGCCGAGGCUGGGGAGGGGAAGGUCCGGUACGGGGAUGGGUUUCUCUGGUAUGCAGUUGUGUUUAGGUUGACCGUCUUUCGACCGUUUCCCUCGGAGGUGAUCCUAGCGAAGGUCAAGUCUUCAGACGAGGACGGGAUCCAUCUAUCCGUGGGCUUUUUCGAAGACAUGUGGAUUCCACUGAAUUACCUCCCGCAACCAUCUGCUUUCGACGUAAACGAACGCGCUCAUUUCUGGCUACCCAGCGCCGAGGCCACCGCCACAACUCACGAGCUCCUCGACUCUCCAACUUCCGAACGUAUGUACAUCGACCAGGGCGAGAUCGUACGCGUGCGAGUAGAGACAGACGAGUUCUACGACGAUGAGCCUGGACCACCGAAGGCGCAGGAGGGGAUACAAGUCGUAAGGGAGGCGAGGAGACCGCCAUAUAAUGUCACGUGCUCGAUAGCGGAGCAGGGGUUGGGACCUGUGGCGUGGUGGAAAGCGACAGAGGAAGCGAUGGAUGAGGGCUGA